CAACUAAAUUAACCCAAGUAGGAUGCAUUUUUCUUGACCUGAAUCAUGCUUGCUUUGCAGCAUGCAUGCCUGCCGUAAAGUCUAAGCUUCACAUGGUUAUUAUUAGUUAAUUAAUAGUAGAAAUAAUAUAGUCAUUUCUGCUACCUACUCCCACUUUCUGAGAGAAUACCUGUUGAUAAAUUAAACUUCCUGUGGGCAGCAGCAGCAGCUAGUGUUCGUCCAGUCCAGGUUCAGCCAUGGCGCCCACCUCUCGCUCUCCCGCCGCCCUCUUCCUGCUGCUCGCGCUCGCCUGCGCCGCGCCGCCGCUCCUGCGGGCGGCGGACACGCACCUCCACUUCUUCAUGCACGACGUCGUCUCCGGCAGCGGCCAGACGGCGGUGCAGGUCAUCAAGGGCCCGACGUCGGCCAACGGUGGCGUCAGCACCGGCUUCGGAGACACCACCGUCGUCGACGACGCGCUCACGGAGACCUCGUCGGCGACGUCCCCGGAGGUGGGGCGCGCGCAGGGGUUCUACAUGAUGUCGUCGCUGUCGAGCCCGACGCUGAUGAUGUGCGUGAACCUCUACUUCACCGCCGGCGAGAACAACGGCAGCACCAUCGCGGUGAUCGGCCACGACGACACCACGGCCACGGUGAGGGAGCUGUCCGUGGUGGGCGGCACGGGCAAGUUCAGGAUGGCCACCGGCUACGUGGUGUGGAAGACGGCCAGCAUGAGCGCCAGCACCGGCGUGUUCGAGCUCGACGUCUACGUCACCACGCCCAACGCCACAACCAUCGACGCCUCCGCGCCGGUGUCGCCGUUGGACGGCGGAGGCAGCAGCGGGUCGACGUCGACGGCGAAGUCGGGCGCGGCGGGGCGACAGGUGGGGUGGGUGAGUGCGUGCGUAGUGGGGUUGGUGGUGGCGUUGGUUGGGCGUGGUUGGUGAGGCGUCGAGUCGUCGGUGUCCAAGAGAUUCGUUGGUGCCUUCUCUUUGUUUUCGAGUCUUUUAGUUUGUUGGAAUCGGAUUCCCGUACUGAACCUGCUUUUACUGCAAGUUAAUUGUUUGGUUGGUUGGUUGCCUUCCUGUCACUCCACCUUGACCGUGAAGGUAUUACUGUACUGCAGCAUAAAGGUCCCCACCUUGACCACCAUCUUCACCAUCUAUCUAUACAUUUUAUUUUCACAAUAAAGAUGGUCAAUUAUUUAGUUUUA